UCGGGUGGCGGUUCCCCGCCACCCACAAAAAAAUCGUUUUUGCCGGAUGAUAAAAACUUGAACUAUGAAGAGGAUCAGGAAAAUAUUACUUAGGACGAACUUAAUGAUAGGGAAGUUGAGGAAAUAAUGAGUUUUAGUAACUCAAGGGCAACUCAUUCAUCAGAUAAGGAAACAGAGGACGAUUAUAAUGAAGAAAAAAGAGAAAUUAUUCUUUACAAAGAAAACGACCUUGGACCUUAUCUGGUGAUAGUAGAGGCCAACGAGACCUCAGGCAACAAUAUUGGUCAAUUCAACCACCUAAAGAUAGCAAAAGACAUAAGUGAUUUGAAACUUAAUCAUAUUAUUAGAAUUAAAAACAAGGGAAGAAAUAAGAUAGGGAUUGAAUUUAACAAUAGGCAUGCAGCCAAUGAUUUUGUUACAAACAAAGAUUUAAUUGAGCAAGGUUAUCAAACAUUCAUUCCGUAUAAUAGAGUAACAUGUAAGGGAAUUAUUAGAGGAAUCUCAGAGGGUAUUCACGAGGAGUAUUUAAAAAAAUUAAUCAAAAGUCCAUAUAAAGUUUUAGGUGUCAAGAGAAUGAACAGGAAAGUGGUAAAAGGGGACAAAAUAGAAUAUCAUGCAACUGGUACUAUUCAAAUUACUUUUGAAGACAUUAAUCUCCCCAAACAUGUAGAAAUCUGCUACAUGAGCUUUAGCAUUAUUCCUUUCAUUCCGCCAGUCACCCAUUGUUUUAAUUGCCUCAUGUACGGACAUACUAAAAAGAACUGUAAGGGAAAACGCAGAUGUCACAGCUGCACAGAACAACACGAGGAUGAGGAGGAUCAAUCUGUAAAAUGUUUCAAUUGUAAAAGUGAAUAUCACAAAACUCUCAGUAAAGAAUGUCCGGAAUUUGACAGGCAGAAAAAAAUCAGAGAAAAAAUGAGUCUAGAAAACCUCUCUUUUCAUGAAGCCAUUCAAUUCUUUCCAAAAAAUAACCACUUUAAUACUAACAAUAUAACUGAAUUCCCUACCCUAAGAAAUAGAUCAGAACCUCCCCCAAACAACAUAAUUACUACUUCCCAAAGAAGACAUAUCUACCAUACAAACACAAUUAAUAAAAGAACCUUUUCUCAAACAAUCAAAACUUCCAAACCUGUCCACAGUAAUAAUGAGAUGCAAAACUUAAACGAAUACCUACUAUAUCCAAAUGGACAAAUACCACAACCCAAAACAGGAGUCAUGCUCAACAGGACUGCUAACACAAAAGCGGGAACAUCUCAAUCUACUUUUAAUGUUUUACAUCAUCCGAACGAGGAAUAUAAUAUUAUUAAAAAAAUGAAAGAUUUACUUUCGGGACUUCCCGAAAGUAUUAAACCAAAAAUAAUUAGUUUAUUAAACACGUAUGAAUGGUUGAAAAAUUCCCAACAUCCUGACGAAACGAGUCAGGAUGAANAGGUAAGACCUCGUUGA